UCAAUGCCUCUCUGAAACCCUCGUCUUCCAUUUCUACGGCGAUCAGCAACAGAUCGGCGGGAGUGAAGGUAGCGGCGGCAGAACACCAUGGUGCACGUCUGUGUUUAUCGCAACUAUGGCAAGACUUUUAAGAAGCCACGACGCCCUUACGAGAAGGAGCGUCUUGAUGCUGAGUUGAAGCUCGUUGGAGAAUACGGUCUUAGGUGUAAGAGAGAGCUGUGGAGGGUUCAGUACGCACUGAGCCGUAUCAGAAACAACGCAAGGAUGCUUUUGACUCUUGAUGAGAAGGACCCGAAACGUAUUUUCGAGGGUGAAGCUCUUCUAAGGAGGAUGAAUAGGUAUGGUUUGCUGGACGAGAGCCAAAGCAAGCUCGAUUACGUCUUGGCACUCACUGUCGAGAACUUCCUCGAGCGUCGCCUCCAAACCCUUGUGUUCAAGGCGGGUAUGGCUAAGUCUAUUCACCAUGCCAGAGUACUCAUCAGGCAAAAGCAUAUCAGGGUUGGGAGGCAGGUUGUGAACGUGCCGUCAUUUAUGGUGAGAAUGGACUCGCAGAAGCACAUUGACUUCUCUCUGACAAGCCCGUUCGGAGGUGGCCGCCCAGGUAGGGUGAAGAGAAGGAACCAGAAAUCGGCAUCCAAGAAGGCGUCUGGCGGUGAUGGAGACGAAGAUGAUGAAGAAUGAGUGAGUGAGGUGUAAGUGUUCGAUUUAUUUACUUGUUUAAUGUUACUUUCGAGAAGCAGCAUUUUCUCAUUCCAUUUCAUCUGCUGCUUAUGUAGUGACUGUGUCAUGUUUUGAAACUAUCGGUGCUUUUUUUCUUAGAUAAUUUAUGGAUUAUGAUGAAUUCUUAUGCUCUGUUUCUUUAUAUGUGUUGUUUUUGUUGAGAGACUUGUAUUGAAGUUAAGAGUUUUUUAUGGAUUAUGAUGAAUUCUUA